AUGAACCCUUCGUCCGGACUUUCCACCCAUGCCGGAUCGACGAUUGCCCAACUCCUGCCCGCAUUCAAUUUCCCCAAAUUAGACAAGGAUUGCAAUGAAUCGGCCUCUAGUCCAAUCGACAUGUCUGUCGGUGAGAAUUCGGUGCUUGCCGAUGAAAUACUUUCAAUCUGCAAAAACGGCGUACAAUCUAGCUUUGCGACGGAUCAUCUGGCAUACCCCAAGAGCCCGCUGGGUGAUCCUGAGCUCUUGGAAGUUCUGGCCACCUUCUUCGAUGCGUAUUUCCGGCCUAACAAAAAGCUUGCAUCCUCGCAUGUGGCAGUCGCAGCGGGAGCGUCGGCGUGCCUCAACGAUCUGAUGUAUAGUAUCUGUGAACCGGGAGAUGCAGUCUUGGUACCCGGUCCAUAUUGGAACGGAUUCGACUUCCACUUCAAUAUCCGAGCUCAGGUCACUCCGAUUACGGUCUCUCUUCCCCGCUUGGAGGACCAAUUCACGGCAGAGUUGAUCUCAGCGUUAGACAACGCAUAUAAAAGCACUUCCCAAACAGUUCGAGCUGUCGUACUCACCAACCCCCACAAUCCAUUGGGGCAAUGUUAUCCUAAGGAAGUCCUCGAGGCAUGUGUCGUAUUUUGCGCCCGUCACAAUCUCCAUCUCAUUUCGGACGAGGUCUACGCCCUCUCUUCCUUUUCCAGUACCGACUUUUCUCGUGGUCCGAUUCCAUUCACAUCGAUCUUAUCUUUAGAUGUGGCGGCGUUGGGCGGGGAUCCAUCGCGGGUGCAUAUGAUAUGGAGCAUCAGCAAAGAUUUUGGCUGUAAUGGACUACGGCUAGGCUGCACUGUGUCCCAGAACAACCAACCUCUUAUUCUCCACCUGGGUAUUUCGGCUAGCCUAAACUUCUCGUCGGUCAGCUCGCUAAUCACCAAAACGCUCCUCACGUCGCCUCGGCUGCCGGAGUUACUUACCCUCAGUUCCCAGCGCCUGGGACGCUUAUACAAUAUUCUCACCGUGUUUUUGAAGACCCGUGGCAUUGAAUACAUUCCUGCAUCGGCCGGUCUAUUUGUAUUUGCGCGACUGGCCCCGAACGCAACUAAAUGGGAAGAAGAAGCUGCCAUGGUCUGUCGGUUGAAAGAGGCUGGAGUGCUAGUCGGACCCGGAAAGAUCUAUCAUACUGCCGAAGGGGACAAAGGAUGGGUUCGAUUAACAUUUGCCUUGAGAGAGGAUAUUCUCCAACAGGGCUUACGACGGUUGCAGAGGGGAUUGGAGGAAUCCUAG